GCAACUUUUUCGUUCUUACAACAAACCAUACAUUUUUAUAUCAAUUAUUCCAUAUAUUUCUACAUGAUUAUCACAAUACGUGAAUGAGUCAAGCAUUUAAACAAUAAUAGAGUGUCACUUGAGUAAGUUUCGGAUAUCUCCACGUCACUAGUUAUAUAUCAAUCCACGAAAGUUUUAACGCAUCAAUAAUAGAGUGUGCUCGAUUUAUUGUAUUUCAAUGUACUUACCGAUAAAAAGGAAUCCAAAUUUAAGUAGUGUAUUUACUAGAGCUACCGAUUACACGUGAAGUAAAUACGCGUGUAACACGUGUAGUUCGAAUUGACGUGUAGAAGUUCGUGUAGUUAUAAGUACAAGUGUACCUGCAACUACACGUAUUCUUACAACAGCUGUAAGUUUUAAUAAGACCUCUAAUUUUACGUGACACUAUUCUUUAAUUAAUGGUUGUCACUAAAAUAAAGUAUUAUAGCCAUUAGGUCAAGUUAGUGGAAUUUCGGGUCCUACACGUGUAUUAAUUACACGAACUUGUCCUACACAUGUAUUUAAAAUACACGUGUAUUCAUAAUUACACGAACUUUUACACGGCAAUUAGAACUACACGAACCUUGUCUUACACGUGUAUUUAAAAUACACGUGUAAAAUCGUCGGCUCUAGUAUUUACCCGCAUAAAUCUGUAUUUUAUGUAUACUUAAAGAAUACUACGACGUAUAUAUUGUUAGUUUCGAUCUAUAUUAUUGUGUUUAGCGUGUACUAAACAUAAACCGUGCAGUCAAUAUAUAUUUUUUAUACUGUUACGUUUACUUCAACGUACAGCUAUGAUUUGCUAUAUUUCGACUUUACUCGUUUUGGUUGGAUCGGUUUCGAUUGGAUCGGAUUUGAUCAACGUGAACGCGUCGUUAUCGCAUUGUGUUUUUUCCACAUACAUGCUACAUUUUUUCGAACUCAACGAAUUGUAUUUUUUGGACCAUCAUCUUAAAGGUAAUAGAGAGGUAUACACUUUGGACGAUUUGAAAAAAAAUUAUGCGUCGAUUUUACACUAUCAGAACGACAUUAUUAUGGCUAUGCUCGACGAUAUCCGGACCCGCAAUCGCAAAGCGUACGCUACAGACUUGAUGACUGUCAACUUAUUCUUGAACAAUCGUACUGGAAACGUGCUCAACUUAUACCAUUCAAGUGACGCUUCGGGCGGACACCGUGAUUAUAACGACGAAGAUGCAUCGAAAAAUUGUAGACAAGGGUUGCUUAAUCAUUACAAGAUGAUCACGGGUUGCCUAAGACAGCACGUGUGGUCCGCCUGUAGCGUGGAGUUUAUUUUGAAUUUUUAUGACGUGCCUUAUUCGAAGCUAACGGUAAACCGUAAAAAGUGGACGGAAAUCAAACGAGACAAAUCCACUGUUAGUGUGAAAUUAGCAAACAUGAUGGGAAUGGUCAACUACGCAAAUAGAGCAUUACAGCGAAUCUUAGGGACGGCAAGUAAAAAUUAUAAAGAUUUUCAUCCAGAAAACAUGUUGUUUUCCCAACUGUUCGAAGCACACAACGAGCGACAACACCCGACAACGAGUACACAGAGUAACAUCACAGGACAAGCCAAUGACGUGGACGGCAUUACGGUGGUAGAAAAAGAAAAUAUUCCGUUGAACACGGGCGAUGGAUUGAGUAUGAUGAAAAAAGUUAUCGUUGAUAGCAGUAAAUGUAAUGAUGAUAAAAAAUACACUAUUGUUGAUCUGUACGAUCAAGCGGUAUUAAAUUUCAAUGCAAAUCAUAUCAAAUCGUUUCAACAACAAGUGUUUGCCGCCUCUGUUCAUCCGAUUUUUGCGUGUAUCAGCACAUAUUCUAGCGCAAUCAAGCGCAUAAUCCUGGAAAAUAAAAACGUCAGUAGGUAUGAUGACAAAUUGAAAUCGCUCGGCCAAUCAUUUUCGAAAAGUCUCAAACGAUUUAACCACGAAAGUAUGUAUCCAUAUAAAGUGUCCGAGUAUAUUAAAAAGGUAAUAAAACAAUUUAACGAUAUUGUUAAGAAAAUAACGGACGGCGGAACGCCAAAAGUCGCCAACAAUAAGGUUUCUAAUUUGGUACACAAAUGUUCAAGACCAAUGAUUUUAAACAGACUAAAGUUUAAUACACAAGAAAAUAUCAAGAAAACUGAGUCUAUAGCUGACAAUAAUCACGAAGCACUACUUUUGACCUGUGAGGAAGAAAUAAAGGAAACUCAUAAUUACAUACAGAGUUUAAAGAAGUUCAAACAUGUAUUUGAAAUUGUCAAAAGAUCGGUUUAUCACAGUAAUAUGUUCAGAAAAAGACCAUUCGAUGUAAUAUCUAAGACGUGCAAAUCAGAUAUAAGAAAAAAACCUGUUUCGACUACAUCAACGACGGUAUAAAAGUGCAGUGUUGUACCUGUAAGUAAGAAUGGUGCCAAUUUUUCGAUUUGAGUAUAUAUCAACUGUUUCAAUAAUUAACAUUUAACAAUUAAACAUAUAAACAAUGUCUUAUGCAUUUUACAAGAAUUUGAUUAUACAAUUUUAAGCUAAACAAAAACAUUACCUUUGAAUACAUUA